AAUGCAGGAAUUUUUUUAUCUUACGUUUUCCAGACAUGUCUGCUUCUAAAAUGAGAUAUUGUAUAAAAUAGAUCACUAGUAGAGUAAUAGUACCAAUAGUACACAAGAGUAGGCUGAGUUGUGACUAAUAAAGAUUCUAUAAAAAUAGAUUUUCUUGUAAUUAUUAUUUAAAAAUGGAGAUGUCUAAUAUUAGAAAAGAAACUUUUGAAAGGAAAAAAGUGAAAAAGAAGAUGAGUAAAGCACAAAUGCAAUUAAUAAUAAUUAAAAAGAAACAAUGUGAUGCAAAAGCUCUUAGAAUUGUUGAACACCUUCUAGAACCAAAAAUAGAUUUCCAAUGGCUUUUGACUAAUUUAGGAUAUAUUAACAAAAGUCACAUGGAAGAUGUAAUUGAGGAAAGAGCUAUAAUCAAAUUAUGUGGCUAUGUAUUAUGUAGUAAUGCAUUAACAAAAAUAAUUGAUCAACGAUACCAUAUAUCAACAACAAAAAAUAAGGUUUAUGAUAUAACAAGGCGUAAAAAUUUUUGUAGUUCACAUUGUUAUGGAGCUUCAAAUUACUUAUUAGAACAAAUGCCCACGAGUCCAUUAUGGUUGAGAGAUAAAGAAGAAAUACCAGAAUUUAAAAUAUUGUUAAACAAAGACGAAUUAAAAGAAAGUAUGCUUAGAGAUGAAAUUCAUGUGAGAGAUAUAGAAAUGGUACUGAAUUCUGAAAACACAGAUGAACAUGUACAAAAUAAUAAAACAUGCAAAAGUACAGAAAAUACACUUCUCAGUAAAUCUUCAGAAGUUGAAGCACAUGAUGAAUAUACAAUAAAAAUGUCCCCAAGAAGUAGUGAAAAUGUAGCAAAAAAUAUUAUUGAAAAACCUGGUAUUUUAAAAGAGUUUCCAGAAAAUGGUGUUAAGGAACCUGUAGAUGUGAAGAAAGCAUCUAUUAAUUCAGAAGAUAAAGGUAGCACUGCUAAAGACUACAUAAAUGAUAAUACUGUUAAAAGAAUAUGUACCAUAGAAGCUAAUAGCUUACUAGAUUAUACAGGAAUUCAAAAUACUACAAAUGUAAAUAAUUGUGCUAUUCUUGUAAAUAAAGACAAAAAUCAAGAUAUAGAAAAUAAAGAACAAAAUGAGUUACUUGAAACAUCAGAAACAGAGGAUAAUACAACUAUUUCAAAAUAUAAUACUGUUAUUAGUAAUAAAGAUCCUAUACAAAAAAUAAAACAAAAUAAAAAUAAAAAAAAUAAGCAACAAAAUUCUACUAAAAAAAAUCAGUCAAAUAAAUUUUAUAAUCUUGCAAUUCAUAUUGAACAUAAUGUAAGGAAUUGGAUUACUGAAGAUACAAUUUCUUUAUUAUUAGGAAAUGAAGAUAUUAAAAAUCAAUUGUUAGAAAAUAUAGUUCAACAUGAUAGAUACAUGCAUUUGUGUAAAAAAUUAAAUAAAUUGCAGUUGGAAGAUGAAAAAGACAUCCAUGUAGAUUUAACAACAAAUUCUUUAAAACCACUACCUCAUUUAUGUGUUCUUCAAGAAGAGGGAGAAAAAAUGGAAUUAAAAGUUCGGGCAUUUUAUAAAGGGAGUAUGAUUAUAGAAAAUCACAAAAACGCUACAGAAGUUACUGAUGAGGAUAAUGAUUUUACUCCAAUAUUACCUUUAACAGAAGCACAUGCACCUAAAAUACUUCGACGUCGAAUAUUUUUAGACAAACUUAAUAAAAUAUUACCUGACCUAUUAUGUGCUUUAGCUAGUAAUAAAUUACCACAAUAUAUAUACAGCAGAGAGAAGAGUACUUUAAUUAAAGCAUUAAUUAACACUUUCUCAUUGUCUGCUGCAAAUGUUAUUUUUAAAACAGCUGAAUGGACUCUUGUGGGUCUUAUUAUCAUUAAAAUGUUGAGCAUGAUAGAUCCUGAGCUAAAAUUUGUAUUGUUAAGCAAACAAGCAUCAAUGUACAUCUCAAUGAUUUUAAUGUCAUACAAGUUGGAUUCAAAUUAUUUAGACAGACUAGUAAUGGAAUUAAUUAAUAAUACAGAUAAACAAACACCUGUAUAAUAAUAAAAAUACUAAUGUCGUUUAAAUCAUGCAUAUUAUAUAACAUCUCUACUCUUUGAAUAUUGUAUAUUACAUUGAAAAUAUAUACAUACUUUUAUAUUUAUUAAUUAAUAUAAGUAGAAUAAAGAUAUACAUAUGAAAUUUUUAUUA